GGGCGAAAGGGAGGUGCACUACGUAGUGUGUCUAAAUUGAAGCCUAGUUUGUAUGUGGUCUCUCCAUUCGAACGGGCAAAUCCAAGAGCUAAGAAAGCACAACCUUUGUACCGUGCUCCUCCCUUUGUUGUUCAGACACCAUUGACUCUGGAGGCAGUGAAGAUGAUUCAAUUUGCUUUUAGUAGUGAGCUUCCCGAAAGUGACAUAUUGGUUAGUGUUGGUGGCGGGGUUCUUUCCUUGUUACGUGAAGAUUUUGUCGAGCUUUUGCCAAGGACCAAAAUUUCAACAAGGAUUAUAGAAAUGACGUGUCUGUGCAAGACACUAGAAGAACGAAGUUGUGGUCGCCGUGGUGGCUUGUCUUGGUUCUUUCCACCUUCAGUUUCGGAUCGUGCGAGUCAUUGCAACGAGGAGCAAUUUAUGGCUAAGAUGCGUUCAUAUAAGAUACAUGAGCGAUACUGUAUUGGU